AUGGCCCGAUACCACAGGUCUUCUCCAUCGGCUCGGAUUCAUGCACAUUUCGAAACCGCCUCAGGCAUACUCCCACGUGGUUUUCACCCCAAAGUACAGAUAGUGAUCUGGAUAGUUUAUCAUGUCGCACGUUCUCACCAGUAUUAUCACUUGCCGAUCAUUUCUGAAAGACUAUUUUGCAGAUCUUUAUCCCUGAACGAAUACAUGCGACCAAUGGGAGAGUACGGGAAAGACAAAAGUGGAGCCGUGCUCUGGGGGCUUUUCGAGAUUUCCGGAUCUCUAUGUAGCAAGGACUAUUGUUCCGGUGUUACACCUCGCUAUUCAGUUACAUGGCUGCGGUUGAGUCGGUAA